UGUUUUUCCUGAUGAAGAAGCCCGGAGACUAUGCCAACAAAUACCUUACACCUCGAAACACCUACUAUGUCUGUAGGGUGAUACGCGGGAAACCAGGAACACCACGUGCGAAUGCCUUCCUAGCCUUUGUACCUCUCCUGAAGAAUCCAGAACAUUCAGUAGUCGAGGCCUUGCGCUUACAAUGUGCCUUAAUGGAGAGAAGCCGACUGAAAAUGCUCGCAAUCAAACAAGCCAAGAAACUCGCUAAAGCUGAAUCCGCUAGGAGCUUGGCAUCCAAAAAAGGUGGAAUCAAGUCCACUCGCAAGGGCGCAGGCCAGAAGCUCAGGGUAAGCUUUAAAACUCCCACUCCGAAGCAGAAACGAAAACCAAAUAAAAAGUGACCCAGUGAGAGCAGCAAUACUAGG